GCAACAACAACCGAAGAGGAUAUCACUCAACAGGAUAUGACAUUCACCAAAGAACUGAGAGCUGCAACAAAAGAAGUUCAUCGAUUAAGUGAUGUUCUAGUCAAUGCAAAAUUUGCAUUUGCUUUGUCCGAUGAUGCUGUAUGGUAUGAUGGCCUUUUGAGUUUUUAUGAAAUUUAUAAAUUCCUAGAAACUAAUUUACCCGAAGAAUUAUUGCCAAAUGAACUGCGACGUACCGAGGCAUUUGAAAAAGAUUUUGAAUAUUUCUAUGGCGACAAUUGGAAAGAAUCCUACGAAAUUCGUCCGGCUGUGCGUAAAUAUCUCGAUCAUUUGGAAGAAGUUAAUAAAAAGGAUAAACUUCUGUUAUUCGCCUAUGCCUAUCAAAUGUAUAUGGCCUUAAUGUCGGGCGGUCAAUUGUUGCAACGUAAACGUAUGAUAGCACGUAAAUUAUGGCCCGGCUCGAAUGGUGUCACAGCCGAAGAAGAAAUUGCCGCAGCAGAACAAUCGGAGAAACCAACUGACCCGGAUGAUCUAACAACCAGACCUAUGCCCGUACAAGUUUCCAUAUGUCCUGAGGGUUGUGCUGCUACAUAUUUCCCACAGAAAAUUGCUGUUUUAAAGGGCAAGUUGCGUAAAGUCCUCAACGAUAAUUAUGGAAAGUUCGAUGAAAAAAUGAAAGCCGAUUUCAUCGAGGAAAGUAAAAAUGUAUUUUUGUAUAAUAGCGAUGUGGUACGUUCCAUAAAGGGUGUAAAUCGCGCUAAUAUUAAGAAGCUGGCAAUUGUUGUGGUUUUCUUUGUUAGUAUCUAUUUCGCUAUUAAAUUAGCGAAACGUUAA